AUGUUGCAAUGCCAGCGAAGCAGUCGAAGGGGUCGUGCGGUGCUCGAUUCGUUCAGUGAUUUUCAUCGGUUAGAUAUGGCGUUCAACAAUCAGGGCUUUGGUACUGCCGGACAGAAUUUCGCGAGCGGAUUCGCACAACAAGGAUUCGCAGGUCAGGCUGGUGGUUCCGCUAGUCAAACUGGGUUCGGCUUCGGACAACAGGCUGGAUUCGGACAAGGCCAGGCUGGUUUUGGACAAGCCGGAUUUGGUGGCCAGCAGACCGGGUUCGGAGGGGCUCAAGGCGGUUUUGGUCAAGCUGGUUUUGGACAAGGUGGUUUUGGACAAGGAAGUUUUGGUGGCCAGCAGACCGGCUUUGGAGCUCAAGCCGCUUUCGGACAGGGCGCUUUCGGACAGGGCGGUUUCGGGCAAGCUGGUUUUGGACAGGGUGGCUUUGGUCAAACCGGUUUUGGACAGCAGACUGGCUUCGGCACUGACUUUGGUCAAGCUGGUUUCGCUGGCCAGGCCGCUUUCGGCGGUCAAACGACCGGAUUUGGAGGUCAGGGUGGCUUCGGUGCCCAAUCGGCUGCUUUCAGUCAAGGCGCUUUCGGUGGGCAAACCGGUUUCGGGCAAGCAGGUUUCGAUAACGCCAACAAUUUCAACAAU